UUUUCAGAUCCAGAAAUCGACCAGCUGCCGCUGAUGGAAAGUCCAGGGUCAAUGCUGGUCAUAUUGACAGCAUAUUUGGCCUUUGUUCUGAGAGUCGGGCCCGCUUUUAUGAGGAAGCGACAACCUUAUAAGUUGACUACGACUAUGGUAGUGUACAAUGGUGUGCAAGUGGCGAUGUCUGCGUAUUUAGUACAAAUGUUUUUCAAGAAUAUUCAUGAAUACGGCGUAACUCCGAAGAAAUGCCUCAUGACAAACGAUUAUUCUCGUAAAGAGGUAAUCACCAGCAUUUGGAUGUACUUCAUCGCCAAAAUAACCGAAUUAGCCGACACAGUAUUCAUCGUCCUCCGUAAAAAAGACCGCCAAGUGACGUUCCUCCACAUGUACCACCAUACGAUCAUGGUGGUAGGCAGCUGGGGCAUCGUCAAGUACUGGCCAACUGACGCAUUGAUGUUCGCCGGCUUUCUGAAUUCGUUGGUGCAUGUGGUCAUGUACACGUAUUAUGGAUUGGCGGGUCUUGGGCCGAAUGUAACGAAGUAUUUGACGUGGAAGAAGUAUUUGACUACGUUUCAGUUGGUACAGUUCGUGUCAGUAAUAAUCCAGUACAGUACGGCCGUAUUCGUUUCCGACUGUCCACCGAAGAAGUCCUUCAAUAUCUUCAUAGUCUUCAAUGCGUCAUUCUUCUUGCUGCUUUUCAGUCAUUUCUACAUGAAAACAUAUUCAAAGAAGAAGGAAUAA